AUGUUUGAUGUUGAUAUUAUUGGAGGGGGACUGCAGCCUAGGGGCGGCAGUGCAAGGCUGCCACAUAAACAACUAACCAAAAUUGUUCUUUACAUGCGGGUAGUGAUAGCACCACCACAAGCACCUACUUCAAGAGCUCCACAACAAACUACUUCCACAUCUCCACCACCAUCUCAGUCAACUGUUUUGUCCCAAGCAACUACUUCAAGAGCUCCACAACCAAUUCAGUCAUCCCAAACCAACCCAAGAGCUGAUUCAAAGAAGGGUCAUGGCAAGAAGAGGAAGGCUACUUUGAAUGAAUGA